AUCAUCUAGAACUGAUGGUCAGCAGUGACAGUGAUCCGAGUCCUUCGUCGGGAUCGUCCUCAUCGUUAUCGGUUCGGCAGCACCUAAGGACACCAAAGUGUGCCCGCUGUCGGAAUCACGGUGUGAUUUCGUGUCUUCGUGGACACAAAAAACUGUGCCGGUGGCGAGAGUGUUGCUGUCAGAGCUGCCAGCUGGUGGUUCAGCGGCAAAGGAUUAUGGCCGCUCAGGUUGCCCUCAGGAGGCAACAGCAGUCCUCGUCGUCGGCGGGUGCGUUCCAGGGAGGUGCUAUUGGCUGCGCCACAGGGGAGCCUCCUGGAGCGGGGAGAGUUUUUAACAUGGAGGAAUUGAUCAUUCAGAAACAAAUCUACAGCCAGCAGUUGAAGGGGGUUCAGAAAUCGAAGAUGGCCAACCGGAAUAUGCUUUACGAUUGCCGCAAAUUCGCUUCCCUCUUCGAGUCACCGCUGACGGAACGAAUCCGCAAGCGGCGAGCGUUCGCCGACAGUGGCCUAAUGAGUGCGCCGAUUCUACUGCCAGCUCUACCGACCACCGCCGCCACUAGCAGUUCUCCGUUCGUUCCACUGAAGCCACUGGUACUGCCUCCACUAGAAUUCGUCCAGCAAAGCCUGCGACUGGCGGAAUUCACGCCACCUGAGACACGGACUGCGUCGGCUGUUGUAACAGACCGGAAACCUAAGCUGUCAUUUUCGAUAGAAUCAAUCAUCGGAGUGAAAUAAAAUGUAACGCUUCGUGCUUUGUU